GGGUCCGUUUCUGGGAAGGGGACCUCUCUCCGGGAAGGGGAUCCCUCUCCAGGAAGGGUGUGCGUGCGGCGCUCGGGGGAUGCUCUGCGGGCAGGGCCGCCUCUCCCGCAUGCCCAGCGCCUCUCCUGCUCGCGGACCUGGAAGCAGGUUUGCCUUUCCUCCCUCCUUGCGGUUCCAGCCCAGCAAUUCCAUCCUCACGGAGAAAUCCUUCCUGUAUGGAUCAGCCUUCUAGUGAUGGUGAAUCUGGGAGAAGAGCACUCUAAGCAAACACAGGAUGAUUCGGGUCCCAGCUGAUGCAGAAAAUGCUCACAGCAGCAGUGUGGAAUCUUGCCCUUCCUUGCGGGAUGUCCCCUCCAUCAACCCAACGCAGCUGAUGGCAAGGAUUGAGUCAUAUGAAGGCAGGGAGAAGAAAGGCAUAUCAGAUGUCAGAAGGACUUUCUGUUUGUUUGUUACAUUUGAUCUCUUAUUCAUAACCUUACUGUGGAUAAUAGAAUUAAAUGUAAAAGGAGGCAUUGAGACUACCUUAGAGAAAGAAGUCCUACAUUAUGACUACUCUUCUUCAUAUUUUGAUAUAUUUCUACUGGCAGUCUUUCGGUUUAAGGUGUUAAUACUCGCAUAUGCAAUGUGCAGACUGCGCCAUUGGUGGGCAAUAGCUCUGUUCUCACAGGGUGCUUUUGGCUAUGUGCUGCCCAUCAUAUCAUUCAUACUGGCCUGGAUUGAAACUUGGUUCCUGGACUUUAAAGUGUUACCACAAGAAGCUGAAGAAGAAAAUAGAUUUUUGAUAGCACAGGAUGCUUCAGAACGAGCAGCUCUUCUUCACCCAGGAGUCCUCUCUGAUGGGCAGUUCUAUUCUCCCCCUGAGUCUGUAGCAGGUUCUGAUGAAGACUCUGAAGAAAAACAAGACAGCGAAAAACCAAUUGUAUAGCAAAUAAGAAAAAGCAGGUAAGUUCCUUUGCAUAGAACCUGAAUAUUGCUAAAGAUAUGCUUUUUCUUCCUAGUUCCUUUCCAAACAAGUUAAAUGGUGUGUUAACUCUGAAGAAUUCAUAAUUUUUGAGCUCAGUUUAUCUCUAAUAGCAGCCUCCAAGAAGGAAGUCCUACAAAGCUCUUGAGAGCCUAGAGUCAGGCACCUUUGCAUUUAUUUUUUGGCUCUCCUGGAAAGGACAGUAGUGGACCAGAUGUGUAAAAGCUCCUUCUUUGGCAGCAAAGAGAUAGACUUCUUUGGAGAUGAAAGCACCAGAAUGCUGGGAAGAGAUUUUCUUUGAUUUAAAUCUAGGACAGGUAUGCCUGAAGAUUUCAUGGGCAAACCUGAUUUGCUAUUUCCCCUCCUGUUUAAUGGUACAAAUGAGUUACACUCUGGCAGCCUCAUCUUAACAUUUUUGUAGUGUACUUUGUUUAAAUAUGAGAUUACUUCCUUAUUUUGGAAAUGACUUAAUUUACUUCUGGAAUUAUUGUGCCCCAUGCUUUCACUUCACCACUCACAGCAAAGCUUAAGCUGGGGGAGGAAUUAAAUGUUCUUGAGAAGCUGAAACUUCUGAUAUGAAGCCUUCUAGUGCUCAUCUGGAAGAGUGGAUGACCUUUUCUUUUCAGCCUACCUGUUUACAGUAUCUGUUUUCUUUACUCCCAUCUUCAUUCAUCCUGACUUGUGUGAUCUGUUGCAGAAAGAAAAUUUCUGCAGGAAGUUGCUGGGGUUUGGAAACUGGCAACAGAGUCUGUGGCUGACUUGCUGGCAGAGCUGCUGACAGGAGAGUUUACUUGUUAGAAAGUAAAGGGAACUGUUCCCAUGUACUGUAAUACCUCAUGAAGAUGUACCUUGUUGACAUAUGUAUAUUAGGUUGCCUCCCAGGUGGUAUGAAAGUAUUUGUCCACAAUGUAUUUUAUUAUUCAGUGAUUCCUGAAGUUGAUCUUCUAACGACUAGGUAAUUACUGGAAAGUGUUGUCUUGUGUACCUAAUCAAGAGACUGGUAAUAUAAUGAAGUAAAACUUCUCUGUGGUGGAAGUAUAUUUAAUAAUUGUUGGGUCUCACUAGAUAAAAUUAUUUUAUGUUAUUGCUGUUUGUCAUUAGUUUAUGUUUACUUUUUUUUAACUCCAUGCAUUUUCUUUUUUUUUAAUGGAUAUGUUCACUUUCUAAAAUAAAAACGUUAAAA